AUUCACAUCAAAUGGAGAUGGAUCCUCAUCCCCAUUCUCCAAGCCUUUUGUUUAUUCACAUAAUUAUCCCAUUUGGAAUUGUUUUUUUUCCCCCUCUCCUCCUCUUUUCUUUCCUCGAGGAAUUUUUUUUUUUUUUUUUCUGUUUGACUGUUGUAAAUUUUCCUAUAUUAUAUUGUCUAGCACAUAAAUAGUCGACUGAUAGCCUUCAUCUUCCCCUACUGAUUCCUAUUCUUCUUAAGGUAUCAAUUAAUAACUCCCUAGAAUUACUCAUUCAGAAAUUCUAAAUGGGCAGAGUAACUGAAACAGUUGCGAAAAUGGAGAAACUCAUAGGUCCGAGCAAACCCAUUUUCAUAGCCGUUGCAGGGGUGGCUCUGUUUAUGCUGCUUUGGAGUUUUUCACCUUCCACUAGUUUUCCCAGCAUGUUUGACGUGGCUAAGAUGACGGUAUCGCCCGGAAAAGACGGUGCAGCUACGAAAGAUUGCGCCACCGUGAGUGAUCAAGGCCUUGACCUAGGCCAAGACCCGGCCGACAAAACGUUCUACGACGACCCGACGCUGAGUUAUGAGAUAGGGAACCCGGGCAAGAACUGGGACGAGAAGAGAAGAGAGUGGUUGAAGCAUCAUCCGUCGUUUGCCAUCGGAGCUGAGGACCGCGUUUUUGUGCUGACUGGAUCGCAGCCAGGGCCGUGUAAGAAUCUGAUCGGAGAUCAUUUGAACUUGAGGCUGUUCAAGAACAAGGUGGAUUACUGUCGGAUCCACGGCUACGAUAUCUUCUACAACAACGCGUUUAUGCAUCCGAAAAUGGUCAACUGGUGGAACAAAAUACCCGUGCUUCGGCCAAUGAUGUUGGCCCACCCGGAGGCUGAGUGGAUCUUUUGGAUUGAUUCCGAUGCAGUAAUUACUGACAUGGAUUUUAAGCUGCCGUUGGAGAAGUAUAAGGAUCAUAACUUCGUAGUGCAUGGGUGGUCCUACUUUGUCUAUGAGAAGAAGAGUUGGGCCGGGGUUAAUGCCGGGGUGUUUUUGAUCCGAAAUUGUCAAUGGUCAAUGGAGUUUAUGGAGGCGUGGGCCGAGAUGGGCCCCCAAACUCCAAACUACGAAAAGUGGGGUCAGAUCCAGAUGGAAGCAUUUAGUGACAAAAACCACCCAGAUUCCGAUGAUCAGUCGGCUCUGAAUUACUUGCUGUUAACAGAGAAGGAGAAGUGGGGGAUUAAGGUUUUCAUAGAGAAUACAUACGAUUUAAGUGGGUAUUGGGGCUACAUUGUCGAUUCAUUUGAUAAUAUUACGGACAACUACGCGAGGAUAGAGAAAGGAGUGAAAGAGUUGGGGAGACGACAUGCGGAGAAGGUGAGCGAGCAUUAUGCAGCCAUGAUGAGGGAGGCGGUUGUCAACCAGGGCGGCGAAGGUGGUGGACGAAAGCGGCCAUUUAUCACGCAUUUUACGGCGUGUAGGCAUUGUAGUGGGUUGCACUGGGGGUACACAGCUGAGCAAUGCUACGGUGGGAUGGGAAAGGCUUUGAAUUUCGCUGACAAUCAGGUGCUUCGCAACUACGGUUUCGUUCGCCCGGACCUAAUCAAUACCUCCUCCCUCCAACCGCUGCCCUUUGGUUUUUCGUCUUAUAACAAGGAGAAAUAGAAAGUCCCUCAGAACGUAUCUUGUUGUGCUCUUGUAAAGAACGAUCACAAAAUUCUCUUUUGAUCGUUUUAGUUGGAAUUCUCUCUUUGGUUUCUCUCAA